CAAGGGGGAGUGUGGCUUCCUGGAUGCCUGGUUCUCGCCACAUCUGCUGGACCUUGGUCUUUGUCCUGCCUCUGUCCCUGGAUCCUUGCUCAUUGGACCCAGUUGGGGCCAGUAUAAAAGAAGAUCAGAGGAGCGGGAGGGAUCCCAGAGAACCUGAGGCCGUAAGGAAAACAGAAGCCCACACACAGGUGGCCAUGGCGGGUUGGGCGCUAUGCAUGGCCAUGAUGCUGGCAGCACUGGCAGGGGCGGUGGGCGAGUCCCGCUAUGAGAAGUUCCUUCGGCAGCAUGUGGACUACCCCCGGACAUCUGAUAUUGCGGCACACCGCUAUUGUGAGACCAUGCUGGCGCGCCGGCAGGUGACAGCCCCAGGACGGCCCUGCAAGCCCUCCAACACCUUUGUGCAUGAACCAGAAGAGGAGCUGGUGGCUGCCUGCAGCCAGACGCCUGACUCAGCUGGGGUCCACAGCACCCUGAAAACCAUGAGCAUCACAGCCUGCCGCCUGCGGGGGAGAGAUAAUCGGAAUCCUUGCGCCUACCGGGCUCGGCAGCUCCAGCACCACGUGCGUGUCAACUGCAUUAAUGGGCUGCCCGUGCACCUUGCUGGCACCCACGAGCCCCCACAGUGAAGCUUGGCAUGGAGGGGCUGUAGGUGGGGACGUGGAUUCUCCCUCACACUAGGGGCUCUUUCAGGGCCUGCAAUAAAGGAGGUGCCACAGA